AUGGCUGCACCACCGUCCAGGCAAACGGCUGCCGCCAGAAGCCUCCACGGCGCCGAGCAGGUCGAUGGAAGCGCCGAUGCUCCAGCCACAAGGGAGCAGAGCUCUAGUAGCGAGGCUACGGAGAAUGCCCUCUGGGAUGAGGCAUAUGACAGAAUGAAAUCGACAAACUUGGUCCUGGUCGAGAAGUUCGAAAAGAAAGCUAUGGAGGCGUACCACAAACUGAGAGAGGGCCAGGUUUCGCCUCAAGAUGCGUCGCUUCAUGGACUGGCGGCGUUCCCUCAGGAUGCUGAGAAGAGACGCCGACUGAUGCAGGACAUGGCACAACUGCAGUUGCAACGCACUCAUGAUGAUCGGGCCCAGAAAGUGCGCAACGUUGUCAAAACUGCCGUCCAGCUUUUUGAAGUGCUGGAAAAACAGUUAUCGCCGUUAUUUGAGGCGACCCCACUAGCUGGGCUGGCCUUUGGUGGGUUGUGUCUGGUGCUCAGAACUCCCGCUAACAACUACGGUAUUCAGUUCGCCGCGUCCGGCAUUACUGUACACGAGAAGAUGAUGCAAGGCCUGAAGCAUAUCGCUGAAAACUCCCGAUGGUAUCUCGAAAAGAGCAAAUCCUCCGUGUUUCAAAGCAAAAGUGACUCGGCGAAAGUCACAAUGUCCCCCCUCCGCGAGAUACUUCUCAAUAUCUUCUCAACGAUGUUGGAAUAUCAAGUCACAUCGGUCAAUUGGAGUGGCCGUUCAUUCUUCAAUUAUUUCCGCACGAAUCCGUUCCCAGAUCUCUUGUCGAAGCUGAAGGAAGCAGAGAAUGAUUUCUAUCGGAAAGCGACCUUCGAUCAACAUGAGGUGGCACAGAAGAUGAAGGAGACGAGGCGCGUGAGGUCUUUCCUCAAAGCUCUCGGCGGCGAUACGCUCAAGAUGUUGCAUACCGAAGAUGAACAUGCCAGCGCAAGGACCAUUGCUGAGUGGCUUGUCAAUGAGCCGAGCUUUAAGAGCUGGGAAGAGAGCUGCACGGGCAUUCUAUCCGUCACCACUACCCAUCAGUGCAACCCUGCCCUAGCCAAGACCCUCGCCUCAACUUUGAAGCAACGCGAAGGAGAUAUUCUGGCUUAUUUCACAGUCACGCCCCGCGCGGGACAAUUCUCAAAGUUGUUGAAGAGCCUUAUCACUCAAAUAGUCGACCAAAAGACUCCCGAGGGUGAUGAUCUGGCCUCUAUUCUGCGCUACAAAGACUCCGGCCACGACGAAAACCUUCUCCUCGAAUGUUUCGAGCGUGCUCUGGCAACUCUGGGAUGCACUGUCCGUGUCGUCUUUUUCCUGGAUAUCUCGUGCACCGCAUCUUCUGAACUCCAAGAAGGCCUUAGGCAGUUGGUCGGCAAGAUGUUUCCGGUGGAUACAAACACUUCACAUCUGAUCCAGGUGCUCAUCACUUCCCACGCCGAUGUUGGCCUUAACCAGGUUCUGUCACCAAAACAUGGUGGCAAGACAACUUACCUCCUUGCUCCUCCACUUCUCCCCAUCUCACAGGCGCCAUUGUCGAUCGACACGACUUCUUCCACGGACGCAGCUGGACCUACAGACAUAGAUAUUGCAUGA